AUGGGUGCGCGGAGUUUAGAUUGUGGUUCGAUUGCCCGUUUCGUCCACAAUGGAGAAAACUCGAUGGGAAUCAUCCGCUAUAACGGCGUGUAUAACGUCCCAGGCUUUGUUCUCAAUGAGUCCAAACUUUUCUAUGAAGCAGAACAGUCUGACCUUCCAAAGCCGAAAUACUACUGUCUUCACGUCGAUGGCGUGAGUCGGAUGAAGGAAUGGGCACUAAGAUUGAUCCACAAGUGGAAUAUGCCGAUGGAGGUUCGACCGGUCUGGGUUGGCGACCGCAAAGCCAUGUACGCUUGGAUCCUGCCCAGCGACUAUACGAAAACACUUUUGCACGACCGAGAAUUUCAGGCGCGUCUCGUGGAGUUCAAGAAGGUGGCGCAAAUACCGCCCGACUCGCUACCGAGAUGGUUAGCUUUACGGGACGGCGAUAUGCCAAAUUCCUACUAUGGUAAACCAUGGGCACAAGAAGAAUAUCGUUCUCAAAGCAUCCAGGACACAGAGAUGUUCCUCAAGUCGUGCGCAAACUGUAACAAGUCUGCUCCAUACGUAUGGGAGGAGGGUGGUGCGGUAGAUGAUGACCAAGAAGAUGAAGAUGAAGACGAAGGAGAGGAUGUCAACUCGGACAGUGAGGAAGAAGAUUACAGUGGUCGGGAAGAUGACGAUGAAGAAGAGGAUGAAGAAGAGGAUGACAAAAUCAAACAGGCCUUGAAAUAG